AAGUAAUGUCCACAAAAUGGAGCUCUCCCAGAGGAAAUCAUGGUGCUUAGGAUCCUCGAUUUGCAACUAGAAGGGUCCUCAGCAGCCCUUCUGGUCUUACCUUCUCACUUUAGAGCACCUGCUUUCAGCAAGCCCUGGAUCCUGCACUACCUGCCUCCUAGAACUCUCCUUCUGCUGCCCAUGGAAUGAACCAACCAUGUCCUGAAUUGCCUCAGCUAAUUCCGCCUUGUUCUGCCUGGAGUCUGGAAGCAUCUUGCUAGAGGGGAAAGAUGAUUGAGUAUUACUUAGCGCAUACCUGGAUCCGACCAGCACAGGCUGCCAGGGCAUUAUUGAAAGCACCUCCAGCUGAGGACACGGCCCUGGGGAGCGGGAAUGGGCAGAGGGGCAGCUGAAGCUCGGCCAGCACUGCUAGGAAGACUGCUGAAGAGAGACCAGCGGGGAGCCCGAUACGCCUGCCAGUAACCCGGGGGGAGCCCACAGCAGCUGGCUCCCAGCUGUUCCUCAGCUCCAAGGAGCCACACAUCUGGAAUGAGCUCUUUGUAGUCCCUUGGGUGGCCAGGGCCAAGGACUUUGCAGCCCCAGAAGUGGUGAGGCUUCAGGGGGGGAGGGGCAGGGCAAGUUCUGAGGGAGCAUGGAACGCUGAGUGUCCCGGGAACCUUGUCAGCUUGCUGAGGGUUUUGGUUUUGUCCCUGUCUUCUAAGAACCACAGCCCUGGGCUUUCUUCCUCUCUCCUUGCCCAGAGGGAUCAGCAUCAGGUGAACUGGGGGCUACAUCUCUGAUUCUCUCCACAAGCCCCACCCCACUUGUUGAACUUUCUCUUCAGGUUGGAAUCCUCAGUUUCCCCAGGGGUGCAGAGCAAGCUCCCCUGCAGCAGGGGAGGGAGGGACAGCCUCAGAGUCUGCCCAUGAACCACAAGGACCCCGGCUGCCCCAGACUGGACUAUUCCAAAUCACCAAAGAGAAGGUUCCCCAGAGCUGGCACCCCGCCAUCCCGAGGGACUAGAAGGCUGGCAUGGACUGACCUCCCCCACAGCAGGGGGGCUGGCCCAGCUCGUGGCAGGUCCAGACGAAGAGGCCCCCGGAGUCUCCAGCGGCUGAGGAAGCCACAAUUGCCUGAUUUGUUUUCUCUCACCCCUGAGGGAGAGAACGGGGUCUCCCCCCGUUGGCCUCCCCCUUCCUUAUCGUGGCUCGGGCCUCUAUGCUCUUUCUCUGCAGAGCUGGAGCAGGUGGGCAGCACUGGGGCCAGCUCAGCACUCAGCUGGUGAGGGAGGGACCCCGGUGACCCCUGCCCCAGCAGGGGGUCCCGCCCUCCUCAGCCAAGCCAUGAAGUUCUCCCUGCGGUUCUGGUUUCUCUCCACGGCCUUCCUGCUGGUGUUUGUCAUGUCGCUCCUCUUUACCUACUCUCACCACAGCAUGGCCACCCUGCCCUACCUAGACUCCGGAGGCCUUGGCAGCACGCAUCGGGUAAAGCUGGUGCCAGGCUAUGCGGGCCUUCAGCGCCUCAACAAGGGGAGCCUCCUGAGCAAGAGCUGUGCCUGCCGACGAUGCAUGGGGGACACAGGGGCCUCCGACUGGUUUGACAGUCACUAUGAUGGUAACAUUUCCCCUGUCUGGACCAAAGAGAACAUGGAUCUCCCCCUAGAUGUCCAGAGGUGGUGGAUGAUGCUGCAGCCCCAGUUCAAGUCACACAACACCAAUGAGGUGCUGGAGAAACUGUUCCAGAUUGUGCCGGGGGAGAACCCGUACCGCUUCCGGGACCCUCACAAAUGCCGGCGCUGCGCUGUGGUGGGAAACUCAGGCAACCUGCGAGGCUCUGGCUACGGGAGGGACGUUGACGGACACAACUUUAUCAUGAGGAUGAACCAAGCUCCAACAGUGGGCUUUGAACAAGACGUUGGCAGCCGGACCACGCAUCACUUCAUGUACCCAGAGAGUGCCAAGAACCUGCCUGCCAAUGUUAGCUUUGUGUUGGUCCCCUUCAAGGCCCUGGACUUGCUAUGGAUUGCCAGCGCUCUGUCCACAGGACAGAUCCGAUUCACCUAUGCCCCUGUGAAGUCUUUCCUUCGAGUGGACAAGGAAAAGGUCCAGAUCUACAAUCCAGCCUUCUUCAAGUAUAUUCAUGACAGGUGGACAGAGCAUCAUGGGCGCUACCCUUCCACGGGCAUGCUGGUGCUCUUCUUUGCUUUACACGUGUGUGAUGAGGUGAACGUGUACGGGUUCGGGGCUGAUAGUCGAGGCAACUGGCAUCAUUACUGGGAGAACAACCGCUACGCCGGGGAGUUCCGGAAGACGGGGGUACACGACGCGGACUUUGAAGCCCACAUCAUUGACAUGCUGGCCAAGGCCAGCAAGAUUGAGGUCUAUCGGGGCAACUGAGCCCUGGCCACCCGACUGUACCUUUCUGCUGCUGUGGCUGUAGGCGCGCAAGGGACCCAUGGCUCUCCCUCUAGUUUCAAGCCUGGAGGCCAUUCACAAGGCACUUGCUUUGUUCCAGAGGAGUGUGGAAGUUCCCCAGUCAAUCAGGAGAGACUUCACUUGGAGUCUCUGAAACCAAUCAGGAGCAUUUGUCUUCCCUCCCUCCCACCCCCAACCAAUUCUGAGAAGUCUAGAGAAAGGCCAGCUUCUGGCCCAAUCACAGGGGGACAGAGGGGAAGCUUUUGUUCUCCAAACCAAUCAUGAAGGACUCAUGGCUGAGUCCAGGGCCUGGGACCAAUGAUUGCUGUGACCCAGGGGCUCUGGCAGAGGCAAGUGACCAUCAGAGUCAAUCCAGUGGCUACUUUCCCCUCCUACCCUCUUUGGAUAGGGGUAUUUGUGUGUGUGUGGGAUUAUUGUUAUUAUUUUCAAUUGAAGGCAAACCGGUUGGUUUAAACAAUCCCCCCUGGUGAAAGCUACAGUGGGCGAUAUUCAAGACACACCAGAGACUGGAGAGGAAGAGAGUUCAGCUGGCUAACCCCCCUUCCCCAGAAGCAGAAAACAGCAUCCCUGUUUCUGGAGGUCCUUUCCUGACCCAGGAGGAAGAAGGCUAGUGAAACCCAACCACUAGUACAUUGGAAAAAGGCACGUCUCCCAUUCUCUGGCCUCCUCUUCCAGCCCAUCUUCCUCUGGCCUCUUUGGAGAGGAAGGGAGGGGGAUCACACCAAGGCUUUCCAAGCUCUCUAAGACAGAAUCAGCCUGUUUAGGGAGAGAAGGCACCCUGGCCGCUUGGGCUUGUUGGUAGCUUUGACCAUGAAGUCAAGCAGUAGCGGGUCCACAGCUCUCUAGGCACAUAAUAGCAGUUGGUCCAGGCUAUUUCCUUAUUUCCUCAGGGCCGGAGGGUAGAGUAGACCCCACUGAAGCAAAAUUCAAUCAUAGUGGGAACCCCAAGCCCUUGGGGGGCUGUGGGCGCCCAUGUUAUGACUCUUCCAUCUCAGCUUCCUCACCCCUUAGAUGAGCACUUAACUGCCUCCCUAUGGGAGAAAUUUAGCUAGAGCUCCCAACUUUUCCCUUGGGAAGUCAGCCCCUCUCUGGGGGCUGGGGAUGGACAGAGCCAGGAGCAGGGGGUCCAAAAAUCAUGGGCAUUGGGGGUGGGGAAGCCCAGGCACUGACAGGCCUUCAAUCCACAAUCACUUUAGCUCCUCCUCUUACCCUUCUUGGCUCUUGGCCCUCCUGCUUCUGUACCCCACUGGGGGGGGGGGGAGAAGAACCUGAGGCAGAGAAACCCCGCCUGGGAUCCAAACCCUACUGGUUCUGCACUACUCAGAGUAGCUCUGGGGGGGAGACCCUUCCAGAAAGCCCUGGCUUAGGGGCUCUAACAGCUCACCCGCUAGGUGCAUGCAUUUCUUCCCUCUUUCCCCACCAUGCCAGGCAGCUGCAGGAAGCCCGUUGGCUGGGGGUGGGGGGGUGGGAUCUGCUUCCAUUUCACCUAGUAGCUAACCUGAAGCUGCCAGCCUUGGCUUGGGCACCAAAGGGGGAGGGGGUGCUUCCUUUUGUUGUCUUGUUUUAAGCUAGCUGUGCAACUUAGCCAGGAGCCUGCUGGGGAGGGGCCGGCUGGCCCCCACUGCAUGCUUCCUCCCCUUCCUUCACUUUGGAUCUUUACACAGCCCUCCCCUGCCCACUUCUGCUCUGGAAGGGGCAGCCAAGGGUUACAUUUUGACUGUCCGCUUGGCUGCCUUAAACUCAGCUAUCUCCCCAAGGGAAGACCUUGGUUUGCCACUUAGCCCUUCAGAGUCAGGGGAGCUUGGGGAGGGAGGGAUGGAGGGAGCAGAGGCUUCUGUGAAGCUGCCCCACCACUAGAAGGAGCUCCUCACUCAGCACUGACACAGUCUCUACAAUUCCUCCUGGGCAGGCACACUCACACUCACACUCACACUCACACUCACGAACUCGAAGCCUCCUUUUGGGCAGGAACUCAAAGGCAGGCCCUUGCAGGAGGGCUGAGAAAACCCUCACCUGUCUCUCACUCAGUCCCAAGGGAAGGGGAGUAGGGAUAGCCAGACAGGGCAGGUUUUGCUGCCCUGCUUUUCUGAACAAGGCCUCCCCAGCCCAAUCCCAGACUGCCCCAGGGGGCCUGCUAGUCUUAUCUUAAUGCUUAGGGAAGAGGCUGUUUUGAGUGUUUAGACUAUGGGGGGAAAUGCAGUCAUGCCAAAACAGUAUUUGAACGAAGUAAUUUAUUUCUUUUGUAUCAUCAUGGAAUCCUGUUCUGGGAGGCGUGGGUCUCAUCCUCUGGCCCAGUCUCCUUUUCUGCAAUAGUUAUUUAAAUGAAUACUUCUUUCUUUCUUGCCUCCUUCUUUAUUAAUUAAAAAGUUUUUAAAAAGUGA